GGCAUUCCAAGACAUCGACGAUGCACAACCGAUCGGUGCCGAACAGUCGUCGCGGUGCUGCUCGCGCCGGCUCAGUGCUGCAGUCGGGCUUCAGCGUCGACAACGUUGUCGGCGUGCAUUGCGCUCCAAGGCGCCAGCCGUGGAACGCCGUCGCGGCCAUGCGCAGUCUAUCUCUGUCAUCUGACUUCGCUGAUUCUCCCCUCGACAUCUCUGGGAUCGACGGCGACGCCCAGUCCUCUGUGCGAAAUCUAUCUCUGUCAUCUAACUCCCCUGAUUCUCCCCUCGAGAUCUCGGGGAUCGGCCUCGCCACUCCCCCGCCAUUGUUGUAUUCACUGAGGAAACCACAGCCAGCGGCUGCUGCUGCAGCCUUCAUUGAGAAGUCCUUGCGGACUCUGGACCAGCUGAUGUGCGAGCCGGAAGAAUCCUUCACGCAGUCCGAGAAGUGGGAGGUUUCUACGCCGCGCCGGGGUCUUGUUUUGGCACCACCAAGCUCCAAGAAAAAAGUCCCGAACACGCCAACGAGAGCCCCUUUCCGGUCUCGUCUUGGAAGUGAUUUGGUUGGCACUCAUUACAAGAGCCACGCAGAGGCUUCACCGUCUCCACUGAUGAGGUCCGAGAAGAAACGUCCGACCGGAUUUCCCCGGUGGUCUCUGCGUAGGGUGGCCAUGGCUAAUUGCAAACCCGAUCCGUGCGGUGAUGUCAAGAACGAUGUUUAGUGCCUGCCGCCGGCGGUUCACCGUACGCUCGCUUGUGCCCCGCGACCAACUCAAACUGGCCGGCGAGCUCGUGCAUCGAAACCAGCCUGGCAUCGAAGUCACGCUAUCUCAUCGACAAACCACCCACGCCAUCGAGAAACAUGGAUAGACUGCACAGCUAUCACCCUGCCUUCGAGUUUCUUUUUUUUCUCAUGUUCAAGCUCUGUACGGAAUUGUGCCUGCUAACUGUGUGUGUGUGUGUGUGUGUGUC